AUGCGCCAUGCCCCGCACCAGCUUCUCGCGAAAUCCCUUGUUGAGGGUCUCAAGACCAGUCUCGGCGUGCUCGCGAUCUACGUCGCCGCCCUUGAACUUCGCAUCGAGAAGCUCGAACGACGUUUGGACUAUGCAAAGUCUCGAAAGGAUUCCAUCGGUCAACAUGAAGUCAAUGGUACUGCCAACACCAACCUGACCGAGGUGGAGAGAAGAGAUUCCCUGGCUGCUAUUCGAGCUGCCAUCCAUCGCAAGGCGGCGCGUAACCGGGAGAACUUGGACGUCAAUUCCCUGGUGUCGGACUUCGGCAUCUUAUCGGUCGAUGCCACGACCAGAGAUUUUGAGCCUUCCCUGGGAAACAUUACAUUUGCAAGGCUCGUUUUGGCAGUAACGACAAAGGACCCUUUACCAGUUUCAACGCAAUCUGUGCUGCCUUCUAGACAGACCGCCAACGCGAUAGUUGAAUAUUUCAUGGCCCACAUAUACUCCUUAUUUCCGUGUUUCUCUGAAACUGCCCUCUUGACAAUAUUGGACGAUGUGUAUCGUCAAGAUGAGCGCGUCAUCAGGGACUCCGACUACUGGCUGCUUUACCUGGUUCUUGCUAUAGGCUCUACGUCUCAAAGUCGCGAGAUCCACGACGAGUAUUAUGUUCGCGGCGUCGAUUUCGUUUGCAGCGCUAUGUCUUAUGCACAUCGGGCACUUAGGCCCGGAUAUGUCACCCAGAUCCAGUCGCUACUUCUGCUUACUAUCUACUCCAUGAUGGAUCCUGCACACUUUGAUACGUGGCAUCUGAUAGGGUUUACGUCCCGGGCCGUAGUUGACUUGGGAUUGCACCAGGAUCCUCCCACAUCGUCGGUAUCGGACCGGUCUGCGCUGGAUAUGCGACGCAAGAUAUUUUAUUGUACCUACGCUCUCGACCGUGCUAUCAGCAUGGCCCAUGCGCGGAGUUUCUCAUUCGCGGACGAAUCCAUUAAUGUUGCGUUCCCUCAAAUAUCGAACCCGGGAGAUAAGCCAGUUGCUUCGAAACCCAUAUCCGGACCUCAAUCUGCGAAUCCGGCCCUGUUACUUUUCCAGCUACGUCGAGCACAGUCAUACUGGUACCAGGCGUUAUAUCAAUCAGCGCCGACUCCUUUGCCGGAUCCCAUCGGUUUUCUUUGGCAGAUGUGCUUGGAUAUGAGGGAAUGGCAGGAGUCCCUUCCCAAGACACUUCCCCCAGGUAUUCGGCAAAUGUUUGAGCAAGAGCUACGCUACAGCUAUGUGUACUGCAUUGCGCCAUCAGACAGGGCCCCUCAAAUCACCGACUACAUCCGAGUCCUGAUAUUCGAGUACUCUCUAGAGUAUCUCAACAACAUGUAUGACAUUACAUACAGUGGCUUGAACAGCGCAUUUUACACAUACCACGACGCAUUAAAGGUCUACUUCAUGGCAAAUCAGUUACUGGCCGUGCUGCGAGACGCUCAGGACUUACUCAUCUUUGGGGCGCAUGUUCCACCCCCUCCGGCUCCUCCUGGCUCUGCGCCAGCGCCUCCCAUACCCCACCGUCAUAUGAGACCUGAUGUUCCCGUGGACAGCAAUCUUAAUCUUGGCAGAACCAUUUGGUGUUUGGAGCGCAUUCCCAAGACGUUGCAGCUUUACGGGACGAAGUGGGAAGAUGCUCUGAUGCUGAAGCAGAGCUUUGAGCAAUUGUCGAACGGGACAGUGGACCGCCUGAGAAAUCUCCGUCAGAUAUCAGGUCAUGGCCAGUAUCAGAAUGGAUUGCAUUCUAUCGCCCCCCCGGGAGCAGUUCAGAUCCAAGGCCAAGGUCAGCAGGCACCCGCCGGCAUGAGAUGGAUAGGAGUGGAUGCAACCCAGAUGAUGCACGGAGGGCCUCGCCAAUAG